AUGUCCCAUCCGCCCAAGAGGGUUAAAAUUGACACAGCUGCCGUGGCCACGGCCCAAUAUUAUAAUACUACGGGUACCGUCCCUUCAAGCUUUCAACUCUCGGCUGAUUUAUCUUAUUUAAUUACCACUCAGCCAAAUUGCACGAUUGUUGCUUUUGAACUACCCCCUGAUUGUACUGAAUAUGAAAUAUAUGAAUCAUUUUCUCGUUGUGGUCAAGUUAAGCAUAUUCAGAAGGUCAGUAAUGGACGUGCUGUUUUAGUUGAAUUUCCUGAAAUAUCUACACCAACUCGUUUAGUACACUGGGCAAAAAUAAACCCCUUCGCUAUCGGCAUGUAUCGAGUUCGCCUUGAAUUCUCCUCUCAAACAAUUACAGCACCAGCCACAAUAACAAAGCCUCAGUUGAAUGAAAAUAGUAUGGCUACAGAUACAGCACCAAAUAAUGUUCUUCAUUUGGAUAUAAAAAAUGUCGAAUAUCCUAUCACUGUUUCUGUACUUAAGGCUAUUGGCUCUCGUCAUGGUAAUUUGCAACGCAUCUAUAUUGGAAGUGCUAAUCCUGAUAAGUCAUUAGAGGCUUUGAUUGAGUAUGCUACUGUAGAUGAGGCAAAUAAAGCCAAAGAACAUCUGGAUGGUGCUGAUAUUUACUAUGGUUGUUGCAGUCUUUCAGUUGCAUAUUCUAAAAUGAAGAAAAUUCAUGUAACCAAGAAUGAUGAGCAGCAGUGGGACUUUACCGAAUCUAAGGAGGGAUUACUUGCGAAUGCUCCUACAGCUCAGCGAACGCUUUUGCCUAACUCAACUAACGGCCACACCGACACCACGCAGACUUCAACCAGCAGUGUUCAACAGCAGGCCGCUACUCAACCUCCAAUUGCAGGUGUUCCUCCAGGAUCAGGUGUCCCCCCUAUGCCCUAUCAACAACCUUAUUAUGGUUACGCUAUGCCGCCUGGUCAGUAUAUGCAACCUCCAGGCUAUUAUCCUCAAAUGAUGCCAGGCCAACCAAUAUCUACUUAUUCGGCUCCUCCAAUGCCCUACGGCAUCCAGCCAGGAAUGCCGCCAUAUUAUCAACAACCGGGGUACUCUUACUAUCCAGGACAGCCGGCUCAGCAGCAAGCGAUGACAGCGCAACAGCAAAUGCCAGCCACUGUUAGAACUACCCCUCAGAUAAUGCCUACCCCGCCACCGGUACAUCAUGUAACUCCUGCAGGUAUUGGUGUUGGUCACUCCACAUCUAAUCUCAAUUCAACAUCCGUUGCCGCAGCCAGAAAUACGGAUAUGUCUAUCUUCCAUGCUGAAAGAGGUGUCGUUUUAGUUGUAAGUAACAUCCCUGAAGGCAUCAAUUGCGACCACCUCUUCAAUUUGCUUUGUCUAUAUGGCAAUAUUGCUAGAAUUAAGUUCCUCAAAAGUCGACCGGGGUGUGCCAUUGUGCAAAUGGGUGCUAAGGAAUCUGCGGAAUUAGUUCAACAGUAUUUGGAAGGAGCUCUUGUAUUUGGGCAGGCUCUCCAAUUCCACCCAAGUGAACAAAUUGAAGUACAAGAACACGCUGGUCUGGGCACUUUAUCUGACGGUUCACCCGUAAUGAAAAAUUACAUGACUGAUUCAAACAAUCGGUUUAGGAACGCCGUGGUUGCCGCUAAGAGCCGAAUCUUGGCUCCAACUAGAACUUUGCAUUUCUUCAAUGCACCACUUAAUUUUUCGCCAGAAGAUAUGUGCCAAGUGUUUUCUGAUUGUGGUGUGAAACGUCCUCCGCGUAUUGUUGUGUUUACUGCUAAACCGGGCCAAAAGACUUCUCUUGGCCUUGCUGAAUGGGAUACUGUUGGAGAGUCAUUAGAUGCACUCGCUCUUGCCAACCACAGACCAAUACACAUUGCGGGAUUCGCUCACCCAUUCCAUCUAAAAUUGGCAUUCAGUCCUAAGCCAAUAUCUGAUGAUCGGGCAGGUCAGAGUAUGAUUAAUUACCCCGCUCCUCCGAUGCAAAUAAGCCGUGGUCCGCAACUUAACACACCACGCGUCGUCACAGUGCCUGCACCCAACGUCACAGCCGUCGAUACGGAAUUAUCUGAACCUACCUCGUUUGAUGUUAAGGCUGUUGAAGCAGAAGAAGCCGCUUACUUGGCAAGUAAUGGAGCUUCUGCAUUUAGCAAACGACCUAGUUCUCCUUUGUCUCGACCACAAGCCGCUACUGAAGAACCAGACUCGGUCCGCCAUCAGCCCCCUAAAACUCCUGAAGAGGAAGAAGAGGGAGCCAAUUAUUCUGAGCGGGUUGAUCACCUCUCUACUGAUAUUGGAAAUGUGCCCCAAAAUCACGGUGGCACGUCUUCCUCAGAGUUGAGUGACGAUGAUUGCCGUGCUGGAGGUAGGUUUGUCGAUGAUGGAAUUAAGGAAUCGAUUAAUAAUGAUAAUCAUGGUUCACCGUCUCCAAGGAGUGGCGUAGAUGAUUCCGAAAGGCAAUUUCAUCAUCAGCCACCUGCUACACCGCCCUCUGAGUCUCCAAGUUCGGACUCUUCACCUCUUGGUGAAGGAGAAAAUUAA